UCAAAUUUAAACCACAAAACUCUUCUCUUUCUUCUUCCUAAAUCCUUUCCUUAUGAUUUAUAUAUAUAUACACACAUACAGAGAGAAAGAGAAUUGAAGAUUCUUUCCUUUCGUGUUCCUCAAUAUAACCCUUAACCCACCAACCCCCCUUCUCCCUUCUCCCUUCUCCCUUCUCCCCUUAUCGUCAAUCCAAUUCCUGAUCUUCUUCUUGGUAAUUGCUUCCUGAUUCUUCUUCUUCUUCUUUCUGAUUUUUCAACUUUUUCUCUUUCUUUUUCUUCUUAUUCUUCUUCUUUCAGUUAGGUGAUUUCUAUAAAGGGGGCCCGUUUUAUUUAAGAUUUGAGCGAGCGAUACCCACCAAUUCCCUUUUGGUUGUUUCGCUUUACUCGCAUGCCCCCGUUUCCUUUUUGUGUUUUGGAAUAGUGGGUUUUGUGGAUUUUGCUCUGUUUCUUGGCAUGGUGGGAAUGUUUGUGGUAGUGUUUUGAUUAAAUUUGGUGUUAGUUGUGUUGUGUUGUUCUUUUCCCUUUCUGUCAUUAAGGACAGUUUGGGGAUCUGAAAGUUGGAUGAUUCAAUUGAUUGCCAGGAAUUCAGGUGGAUUGAUUUUUUUUUUUUUUUAUGUUAGUGUAAAUUUGGUAAGUUUGUCUAUAAUUUGAGUCUAAAGUAAAAAUUCGUAGUUGGGUUGAAGCAGUUAACUGGUUUAAGAUGGUUCAAUCGAUUGCAGCAGCUUCUCUUUUUGGUCAUCAGUUGCUAUGUGGAGGAACUUUUGUUAAGGAAACAUCCUACAAGAGGAAGAACAGCUGGUUUCCAACAUCUAAAUUUGUUGGGAAGAGACUGAUUUCAUCUCCUCCAGUUUAUGGAUUGAAAGUGGAUCGAUUAGCAGUUUUUUCAAUUAAGGCUUUAUCAUUGGAGGUGACAAAAGAGGCAUAUUCAUUCAGGGAAGAUAGAAUACCAAAGGAUUGGAACUAUGAUAUUGAUUCUGGAUUUGAUCGAAAGCCGGGUUUAUGGCCUCCUGAGAACAAAGCAGAUAAUCCUUCAUUGCACAAUCCAUUGCUUCGACAAGAAAGAAUGGGGUGUGGUUGGUUGGGUGCUAUAUUUGAGUGGGAGGGUGUGUUGAUUGAGGAUAAUCCUGAAAUUGAGAAGCAGGCUUGGUUAGCUCUUUCUCAGGAAGAAGGAAAAUCCCCUCCCCCAGCUUUUAUCCUCAGAAGAAUAGAGGGGAUGAAGAACGAACAAGCUAUUUCUGAAGUUCUUUGCUGGUCAAGAGAUCCUUCUCAAUUGAGAAGAAUGGCUGCUAGGAAGGAGGAAAUUUAUCAAGCAUUGCAAGGGGGAAUUUACAGAUUAAGAGCAGGAUCAAAAGAGUUUGUGAAUGUUCUGAUGCAUUACAAGAUUCCCAUGGCAUUGGUUUCUACCCGUCCUAGAGAAACUCUGGAGUCGGCCAUGGGAAAGAUCGGAAUCGAUGGUGAUUUCAAUGUAAUUAUAGCAGCGGAAGAUGUUCAUAGGGGAAAGCCGGAUCCAGAAAUGUUUGUUUAUGCAGCACAGCUUUUGAACUUCAUACCUGAAAGGUGCAUUGUGUUUGGGAAUUCAAACCAAACUGUUGAGGCUGCUCAUGAUGCUCGGAUGAAGUGUGUGGCAGUGGCAAGCAAGCAUCCUGUUUAUGAACUUGCGGCUGCGGACUUGGUGGUGAGGCGUCUUGAUGAGCUGACCGUCGUUGAUUUGAAGAAUCUUGCAGAUAUUGAGUCCUCUGAAUUUGGUCCUGGAGAGCCAGAGUUGGAGAUGGAGGUGGAGGAAGAUGAUGAAUCUCCAUCAACCAUCACAGCAGUUGAUGAUAUUUUCUGGUGACAAUGGCUAAAUGUACAUAAUUUAUUGUUAUGAUUCUUAACGUUAAUAGUUCAUCUGUGUAUAGAAAUUAGAAAGGGUGGGAAAUAUCUACCAAAAAGAAAAAAAAAGGAAAAAAAAAAAAGUGGUCUGCAUUGGACCAACUUAAUGGUAUAUGUACGUAUUUUUUAUUUCUGUGUCUGAAAGUCCAAUGUUUCCUUUCUGCUUC